UAUGAGAAUCUGAGGGGGCGGAUAACGUUCGUUUCCAAACCAACCAGUGACAGUUUGUUGAUUUUUCCUGGUGAAGUCCCUUCAGCCCUUCUCUUUUGUCGUCUUCUGCGCGCUGCUGUGUAUUUAAUCUCGUAACCAAUAUGGAUGACGUCGGUGAAGAGAGCCAGUUUGUUGUCGAUGAAGUUAGCACGAUAAUAAAGGAAGCUGUGGAAAGCACCAUUGGUGGCAAUGCUUAUCAACAUAACAAAGUGAAUCAAUGGACAUCAUCUGUAGUUGAAACAUUGUUGGGCACCCUCACAAAACAGCAAAAGCCUUUCAAAUAUAUCGUUACUUGCACAAUAAUGCAGAAGAAUGGGGCAGGUCUACACACUGCUUCAUCCUGCUACUGGGACAACACAUCAGAUGGAAGCUGCACAGUUCGCUGGGAGAAUAAAAGCAUGUAUUGUAUUGUGUCUGUGUUUGGUUUGGCAAUUUAAUGCACAAUUUUUUCAAGGCAUUCCAUGGACUUGGUCACUGACUGUUUUGUUUUUGGUCGGGUCUGAAAUUGAGUACCGUUGUUUCUUAUUUGAAUUUAGCAGAAACAGAGUCCUUGCAAAUGAUUCUAAAUUAACAGGUUGUGCUGUGUAACAUUGUAAUGGGAACUAAAUGAGAACCAAUUUUUAAGCUUAAUCCUUUCCUCUAACCAAUUUUUUUAAAAGCAACUGUUUUGAAUGAAGGGCCUCCAGUACAGACCUGUAAUUAUUUCACUGCAUGAUGCCACCCACAGAAACAUGUCUCAAAUUUACGUAAUUAAUUUCAUACCUAUGUUUCUCGUGGCAGUCUGGUUUGUAUUGUUUGGCCUUAAAGAUUUUUAAAAAUUAUGUUCUGCUAACUCUUUUUGUUUUAAAAACAGAAGUUUAUGUGAUAUGUAUUUUGUUACCCAAGUGCAAGUGGAUUAAGACAUGGUUGUUUAAGUGUAAUGUUUUAUUUAUUUAAUAAAUGUAAAGCUCUUGCUUUGCUAUC